AUGGAUAUUGACCAAUGUAUUGAAAGUCUUGGUGGAAAUUCCUGUGAUCAAAUUGAUCAACAAGGAAUCAAUUUGGUUGGACAGUUUGGUUGGAAAUUUCAGUCUCGUGAUGAACUACUUGAUACUCUUCGAGAGUUUUUCUCAAUGCAAGGAUAUGCAAUAUCUAUCAAAAAUUCCAAAAUGGAUAAAUAUUUGACCAUUGGGUGUGAUAGGGGUGGUUGUUAUCGAAAUAAAUGGAAGGUUCCCAUAGAGCAUCGACAAAGAAAAACUGCAACUCGUCUCAUAAAUUGUCCUUUUGAAAUUCGUUGUAAGAGACGAGAGGAUGGAUUUUGGGAGGUUGAAGAAAAAAAUAGCUCACACAAUCAUGAACCCUCAAGUGACAUGUCUGGACAUCCCUCUUGCCGUCAUUUGUCACAAGAAGAGAUUACAACCAUUGAAGAUCUGACUAAAUCGGGAGUGCCACCGCGCCAAAUUCUUUCUUCACUGAGACAAAGGAAUCCAAAGCUUCAAGCAAUAUCAAGAACAAUCUACAACACGAAGGUGAAACUUCGAAAGGAACACUUAGCAGGGCGAAGUGUGAUCCAGGCAUUGUUUGAAGAGUUUUGUCAAGGUGAUUUUAUUUUUGAUGUUGCAUACGACCAAAAUGGGCAUUUGACGCAUCUUUUUUUUGCACACCCUUCUUCAAUCACAAUGACCAAAAGCUAUUCAAAUGUUUUUGUGAUGGAUUGCACUUACAAGACAAAUAAGUACAAGAUGCCACUACUUGACAUAAUUGGAGUUUCAAGUUUUAAUAGUUCAUUCUAUUCUUGUUUCGCCUUUUUGGCAAAGGAGGGAGAAGGAGACUAUAUUUGGGCUUUGCAAAAUUUCAGCAAGAUAUUGGGUCCUACAUGCCAUCCUUCUGUGAUUGUGUCGGAUAGGGAAUUGGCCUUGAUGAAUGCAAUACAAGUGGUUUUUCCAUCAACUGUACAUCUCUUGUGUGUGUGGCACAUUGAGAAAAAUAUUUUGGCAAAUUGCAAGUCUUACUUUGAAACUCAAGACAACUGGACCACAUUUUUGACUACUUGGAACCAAGUGAUAAGCUCUCAAGAUGAACAAGCAUUCAACGAAGCUUGGAAAUUAUUUGAGCUAUUGUACAGGGAGAAGGAAAAAGUGUUGUGUUACAUUAGAAAGACAUGGCUUCCAUUCAAGGAGCGGUUUGUGCAUGCAUGGACUGAAAAUUGUUCUCAUUUUGGAAAUCGUGUUUCUUCAAGAGCAGAAGGUGCACAUGCAAAAUUGAAACAAUAUUUGCAAGUUUCAACCGGUGAUCUCCAUCAAGUAAAGAUCAAGAUAUGCCUUGCAAUUGACAAUGAGUUUAAUGAGAUAAAGGCGCAACUGUCAAGUGAAAGGAUUCGAAUACCCCACAAAUGCGAUAUCUAUUUUUUUAAGGAACUUAUCACUAAUGUGUCGUCAUUUGCUUUGGGUGAACUACUUAAACAAUAUGAAAUGGUCAAGUAUGGGACAAUGCGUUCAACAUGUACAGGACAUUUCAUGGCAAGUAUGGGUCUUCCUUGUGCGCAUAAGAUGAUUGGUUGGAAAGGUAAGGUAAUACCCCUUGAUGAAAUACACACACAGUGGAGGAUUGAUAAAAGAUAUUUGGUUGUUCCUGAUGUUAGAGAAACUAAUGCGGGGGAAUUCAAGAGGCUGGUUCAUGUUUUAGAAGAUAAAUAUCAAGAGUGGCCUCAAAGUCAAAAGGAAUGUGUUCAGCAACAAAUUUCUCAACUUAUAAAUCCAUCUGUUCCAUUGCUUCUUGAGCCAAAUAUUCUACCUCAUAAAGGGCGUCCAUCGGGGUCCAAGAAAGGUACCACCUCUACAAGGCGGAACGCUUCACAAUUUGAGAUUGUGGAGGCAACAAGAAAGUGUAGCAUUUGUAAAUGUGUUGGUCAUAAUAGUCGAACAUGCAAGGGAAAAAGUGAGGCAAAUAUCAUGAAUUCUGAUCAUAUAGUUACUCUUGAAGACAACGAGAGUAAUGUGGAUGUGCUCGGCAGAAAUUCACUUUCUACUUCCCUCGACUACUUUUUGUUGGAUUGA